AUGACACUUAAAAGUUUUCAUGCUGUUGAUCUCGAUACUAGUAAUCAAAUUUAUAUUUAUUCACUUUCACAAUUAAAUGAUUCAGUUGAACCACAUGCAAUUAUUGUCCUUCCAAAUACAAAUGGAAUACAACUUCUUCUUUGUUAUAAUAACGAAGGAGUUUAUUCUGACACACAUAGAAAAAGAACGAAAGAUAUUUUAUUACAAUGGGAAGAAUUACCUACUUCUGUUGCUUAUAUAAGUGAUGGCAAAUUAAUGAGAUGGGGGGAUAAAGCUAUUAAAACACGGAAUCUUGAUUCAGCUACAUUAGAUGAAGUUUUUAUGCAUAAAAGAGUAUAA